AUGAAAAUCAAACUAUUAGGGAAACCUCAAUACAGGAUGCUAUCCAAAGAAGAGAAUGAAAAUUUUACUAUUUCAGACUUAGAAAACAAGAAAAACAACUAUUUUCAAUUCCUUGAAAGUCAAAAGCUGGCUAACGAAAAUAAUUUUUAUUCUAAUUCAGAUCAAGAAUCUGAAAACUUAUCGGAAAAUCAACAUGAAUCUUCUUAUGAAGCUUUAUUAAGUCAGGAAACUUUUUCACAAGAUGAAGAAAAUCUUGUAAAAAAACAAAGAGAAGAAAUUCAAAAACUUGAUGCUGGAAAAUCAUUUAAAGGUUCUGGAAAUCAUAAAAAUGAUAUUGACUGGAUUGAGGUAAAAAAUAAAUACCCAUCAGAAGAAGCAUUUUGUGAAACUGCACGUCAAGUAUUGACUCAAAGACAACCAGAACACAUGCAACUAAUGAUAAAAUCUGGUCAAUGGGAUGCAUUUUUUCGUUCUGCUAUUAGUUCAACACUAAAAGAAAAAAUGUCAAAAUAUAGGGGUGAUCAAGUUAAGAAAAUCAAAACUGUUCUAUUUGAUUGUUUUCCAAACAAGAUUCCCAAACUCAAUUCAAAGACUGAUCCUAAUAUCAUAAGUGAAUUCAAGAAGUCGGAUAAUGCAAAAUGGUGUCUACAUCAUCUGAAUUCUAGGAUAUCUGCUGCAAGUCCAACAAAAUACAUUGAUUGUAUUACAGCAUCAUUUACAAAAGAUCGAGUGGCAACAGAUAAUGAUCAGCUAUUUUCAAUUGCUGUGUGCCAUUUUAUGCUUGAAGAAACAAUUGUGGGUGUAACUUUGGAUCCUGAAAAAAUGGAUUCUUUAAUGAAAAAAAUGAAGGGUGAUUAG